CCUCCGAAGGUACGGGACACAGGACACGCAGAGACGGGACAGGAACACACACUGGACUCUACCCUCUCCAGAUUAACAGGAGAAGUGAAACCAAACCUGUCCUUCCUACCGCCACAUAAAGACCGAAGUAGUUCCAUGUUCGAGUCCCCAUCCUGAUCACCUGGACCUCGUCUCUCCUGAGGAUUGUUUGUUUGUUGGUUUGGUUCUGUCCCCUCGGCAUGGCGCGUCUUCUCCUCUCGACCCUCCUGCUGCUGGCCUCAACGCUAUCGGUCGCGUGCACAGGAUCGUUCGAGUUGAAGAUCGAAUCGUUCUCGACAGUCCACACCGCAUGCUCCUCCGACGUCAAGGAAUGCCAGGUGUUCUUCCGCGCGUGUCUCAAGCACGAGCUGACAGUGAUCGGUCCCGAGCCCCCGUGCACAUACGGCAUGGGCCUCACGGAUGUCCUCCGCGUGGACCCCAGCUCGGUGUCCGCGAGCGCGCUCAUCAGGGUCCCGUUCCGCUUCAAGUGGCCGGGGAGCUUCUCUCUAAUCCUGGAGGCGUGGAGCUCAGAGCGCACGGACGUUGCGUCUACAGAGAACCAGCUGCUGAGCCGCCUGGCGACCCGCAUAUCUCUGGCGGUAGGGGAGAGCUGGUCCGGGGACUCCUACGAGGACGACCUCAGCUCGCUCCGCUUCUCGUUCCGCGCGGUGUGCGACCCCUUCUACCACGGCGAGGACUGCGGGGUCUACUGCCGCCCGCGGAACGACAGCUUCGGCCACAACGCGUGCGAUGCGGCGGGAAACAAGACGUGUCUGGAGGGCUGGAGCGGAGUCUACUGCGAUAAACCCAUCUGUGGCCCCGGCUGCAGUGAGCAGCACGGUGAGUGCGAGGCCCCUGGCCGCUGCAGGUGCCAUCAGGGGUGGACCGGGCCCCGCUGCGACCAGUGCGUCCUCUUCCCUGAAUGCCUCCAUGGGACCUGCCAGGAGCCCUGGAAGUGUGACUGCAAGGAGGGCUGGGGGGGGCUCCUCUGUGACCAAGACCUGAACUACUGCACCAACCACAAGCCGUGCAGGAACGGGGCGUCCUGUAGCAACACGGGCCAGGGCAGCUACACCUGCGCCUGCCGCCCGGGCUACAGCGGGAAGGACUGCGAGCUGGAGCUCAACGAGUGCGACAGCGCCCCCUGCACGAACGGAGGCAGCUGCAACGACCUGGAGGGGGGCUUCUCCUGCUCCUGCCCGCUGGGUUUCUACGGCAACACGUGUGAGGUCAGCGCGCCGGCGUGCGGCCCCACGCAGUGCUUCAACGGGGGGUCCUGCCAGCCGCGGCCCGACGGGGGCGUCGGCUGCGUCUGCCCCGCCGGCUUCACGGGCUCCAACUGUGAGAGGAGACUGGGACGCUGCGACAGCUCGCCCUGCGCCAACGGGGGUCAGUGCGCGGUGCAGGGCCAGAGGGCGACCUGCCGCUGCCGGCCGGGCUUCAGCGGCCCGUUCUGCGCCGUCAACGUGGACGAGUGUGCGUCGGCACCCUGCCGGAACGGCGGCUCGUGCACCGACGGCGUCAACCGGUUCCGCUGCGCGUGCGCGCUGGGCUUCAGCGGCGCCGACUGCUCCGUGCGCUCCGAGGCGUGCGACCGCCUGCCGUGCCGCAACGGCGGCGCCUGCUUCACGCACGGCAGCGGGCCGGUCUGCCGCUGCCCCGCCGGCUUCAUGGGCGACCGCUGCCAGUACGCCCAGCCGGCCACGCCCCCGGCGCCCAGCCCCGCCCCCGGCCCCGCCCCCGGCGGCGGCGGCCUGUCCGCGGUGCUGCUGGUCAGCGUGGCGCUGGCCCUCCUCACCCUCGGCCUGCUGGCGGCCGCCGUCGUGUUCCUCGCCCGCCAGCUGCGCCGCGGCGGGAAGCUAGCGCUGCGCCGCGGGAGCAAGCUAGCGCUGGCGGCGGUGAAGAACGACCUGGACGCCCUCAACAACCAGGCCCCCCCCCGGGAGAGGGAGGCCUUCCUGCUGCCCGGCGGGCCCGGCAAGGUGUCCAAUCAGGACGCAGCGCUGGAGCACAUGGCCCUCUUCAAGAACAAGAUGGCCGACUUCAGCCUGGCCAGGGAGCAGGAAGCGAGCUACAAGAACAAGUUUGACAUAAACCAGUGCGACUCGUGCAUCAGCGUGCCCUCGGAGAAGGGGAAGGAGGGCCUCUACCAGGCCGUGUUCAGCCUCCCGGAGCCCCACACCCACUGCGUGUUAGCUACUGAGGUCUGACUCUAGAGGAGACUCUGGCCAGCCGUACGUUUACAGCCUCUGCCACCACAAGAGGAUCUUUCAGAAUGUUUAGCCCACAUAUCAUAAUUUAAUAUUUAUAAUCAAUGCUCGUUAACCAAAGUGACCGUUGCUGUGGACCCUGAGAGACACAAUGCCUGACGCCAUUUGCACUAUUUAUCUUUUUUUAUUUUUAAAUCUUUAUAUAAUUCAUGUAUUGUGUCGUACCAUGCGACGUGUGAUGCACAAGAGGAAGUAACCAAUCACAACGACUGGUGCCUUAGCCGAUCCUCAACGACUCUCGUGUGUCCGUUACAUCAUGACCUGUCAAUCAGGGCCAGGGCCCGGACCAGGGGGCCACGCCCCCAGGCUCAGGUCGCCUAGCGACCGGCCCAGGAGUCCGCCAAUCAAACGUCCACCCAAAAUACAAGAGGAGACUUGUGGAAAAGCUACCUAGGAGACGAGGAAGGAAGGAAGAAAGGACGAGUGAAGAGUCUUUCUCGUGAAGAUAAGGCUCUCCCAGCCAGUCAAGAGGAACCCAAGUGAACUUCCUGUGAUGAGGAGGUGACAGCUUCCUGUCGUCCUGACCCUCAUUAAGAUUUGAGAUGACAGAGGAACGUUUAGUAUUUCUAUUUUUGAUAUUUCUAUUUGAUACCAAAGAUGUGUUGUUUGUCCCAUCUGUUAAUUUAAGAACUUGAUGCAAUGUGUACAUACUCUUAUUUAAUGACCUGUAAAUAACUUAAUGUAUUUAUAAAACAUGUUAAUUAUUAAUGUCUCAGAGUCAAAGAAUAUAUAUUUUCAUAAAUAAAAAAGAUAGCAUAUCAA